UUGUGCAUUUAAAGUUUGUAAUGACAAUGAUGGUUCGAAUUUUAAUAGUUUCGUGUAAAAUAUUUGCAGACCUCUUCGCAAUGACCCACUACCUCAAUCUAAACUAAAAUGAAUGAUAGCAUUAACUACCUGGCCAACAACUCUGUCUUCAAUACAACCAACUCAACUUUCCCACCGAACACCGAUUGGGGUCCCAAAAGGGAUCCUCUGGCCAUCGUUGUACCAAUCAGCGUUAUCUAUAUUUUCAUUUUCAUAACCGGCAUCUUGGGGAACAUCAGCACUUGCUUCGUAAUAGCUACAAACAAGUGCAUGCACACAGCUACCAAUUACUAUUUGUUCAGUUUGGCUAUCAGCGAUCUCUUGUUAUUGAUAUCUGGAUUGCCUCCUGAAAUAUACUCCAUUUGGUCUAGAUAUCCGUAUGUCUUCGGCGAGGAGUUUUGCGUAUUACAAGGUUUUGCGGCCGAAGCCUCAGCUAACGCGACGGUCCUAACGAUAACAGCGUUCACGAUCGAAAGAUACGUAGCCAUUUGCUACCCGUUUCUGUCCCACACUCUGUCCAAGCUAAACAGAGCCAUCAAAUACAUCAUCUACAUCUGGAUUAUCGCAAUUUCUCUGGCAAUCCCACAGGCUUUGGCUUUCGGCGUAGUGUGCGAAGUGAUCAACGGUCGUAUCGUAAACGAUCAUUGCGUGUGCAUACCGAAGAGAAGCGUCAUACCUCAUGCUUUCGAAAUAUCCACUUUGCUGUUCUUCGUAGCACCGAUGUCUCUGAUCACUAUUUUAUACGUCCUGAUUGGUAUGCAGUUACAUAAAUCCCUUCGGCCUAUCAAAGGGGAUGACGUUAAAAUCAGGCAUCGUUUAUACAAGCCUGUGGUCAAUUUCGGCGUCAAUCAUGUCAUGCACGAGUACGAAAUGGAGAUGAGAAAGUGUAAUAGGGUGGAAGAAGAUGGAAGGAAGAUAUACGCGAAGAACGCUCGAGCAGCAAAACACGUCGUGAAAAUGUUGGUUGCUGUUGUGAUAGCUUUCUUCAUUUGUUGGGCGCCAUUUCACGCCCAAAGACUUUUCGCUAUAUACGGAGCACCAAACUCGCGACAAGUGAUAACAGCGUUUCAAAUUUUGACUUACAUCAGCGGCGUUUUCUACUAUUUAUCGACAACCAUAAAUCCUCUUCUUUACAACAUCAUGUCGCACAAGUUCAGAGAAGCAUUCAAGGCGACUUACAAACAAUGCUGCAAAAAAAGUCAACGCCUUCCAGGCGGCAGAUUCUACUCAUCGUUUUCGGCGCGUUCCUCCCAAGUAAACAGCCACAGCACCGAUUCCCAAAUCCAAAGCACCAUUCGGUAUUUGGAAGAAGAAAUUGCUCAUAUUCGAGACCAGAAACGCCCUCUAGUGGUGUCUUUCAAGAAAAAGAAAUACCCUUCGCCGUACUACAACCCUGAGCUUCGAGAAGCAUUACAAACGCUCAGGAAUAGUAAAUUGGAUAAAAUAAACUCGUAUCAAGGUAGCUGUGAGGUUAGAUUCAAAGCGAACUGUCACAUCGAUUUGAAGAAAGUCAAAGCUUAUGCCCAAACGAGGUUCGACGUCAGCGACGACGUCCAGGCGGCUUUGGAUUUACUUCGAACGGCCGACGCGUCAGCAGGAUACGAACCUAGUAGCCCGAGCGCCAACGGCGAUUGUUCUAACGCGAAGACUGACGAAGCGACUGAAUCACAGAAGAUCGAGUAUUUGGAGUUAAAGAGACAUUGCAGUUUUAUGAAUGUCAAUAGUUUGCAGCCGACUCAUAUAUGUCCGUUGAAUAAAAACGUUGAAUUUUUAUAAAUAAUUUU